UUCCUUUUUCAGCGUGGACUUCAAUGACAUUCUGAUCUUUCAUAAGACAGCGGUGUUUCCCACUUGUAAAGAUGUCUUUACCCUUUUUAUUCAGAGUCAUUACAAGGGAUAUUUUAAAGAGCAACAUCUGCCAGCAUGUGCAGCCGCUGCACACAGGAUGCCAGCUCCUGGCAGCAGACAAAGCCCUCCUGAUGAAACUGCGGAAAAGCACUGGCUACACUUUUAUUAACUGCAAGAAAGCUUUGGAGAAGUUUGACAAUGACAUAACACAGGCGGAAACCUGGCUACAUGAACAGGCUCAGAAGGAGGGCUGGAGCAAAGCUAACAAGCUGGAAGGUCGAAAAGCCAAAGAGGGUCUGAUUGGUCUGUUUGUAGGGGAUGAAGCCGCUGUGAUGGUGGAGGUGAACUGUGAGACAGACUUUGUUGCCCGCAAUGAGAAGUUCCAGCAGCUGGUUAAGGAUGUGACAUUUGCCACUUUGGCUCACCAUCGAAAUAAAAUGCAAAGCAAGACAGGAUAUGUGAAGAGUGUCCUCGCAGGUGAUGAGUUAAGCAAACUCAGAAUGGCUGAAGGAGCUUCACUGGCUGAUCAGGUGGCUCUCACAAUAGGCCGCCUGGGUGAGAACAUGUCAGUGAAGCGGGCAGUGACUGUGGGGGUUCCUUCCGAGUGGCACAUCGGCUCGUAUGUGCAUGGCGCUGUCAGUGGGCAGUCUGAUGUGACCAUGGGCCGUUAUGGGGCUCUGGUCAUUUUUCAGGGAGGAAAGGAGGAGGAACGGAGCACCUUGGGUCGUAAAUUGGGACAGCAUAUAGUUGGAGAGGCCCCGCUGUCCCUGGGCAACAUGGAUGACCUGCCCUGUGGUGAAAGUGAGACGCGCUUGUUGCCCCAAACCUUCCUGGUAGACCCCAGCAGGACUGUGGCACAGUUCCUCAGGGGUAAAGAGGCCCGUGUUCUGGACUUUGUCCGAUUUCACUGUGGUGAGACACUUAGUGAAGAGAGAGAAUAAGGAAGGUCUCAUAGCAUUUCUCAAGAGUGUUUUAUUACAUAUGUGGAAGAUUACAAGCAGUCAUUAAUGGCCAAACAUUCAGGAAAUGGAAAUUUGGAAUAUUCAUGAAUUUAAAAGCUAAAAUGGUAUGUUUGAUUGUCUGAUGAAACUGCUGAUCCAACAAUAAAGUAUAUUACAUUGAUUAAA